AUGGAGCGUCUUUUCUGUGUUCCCUGUGGCUAUGGGACCACAGACCCUUUGACCUACCCUGGCCCCUGGAGACACUGUCAACAGCAAAACUGGCCACAUAAUAUGGGAGCUCCCAUUUUCCUAGCCAGGCUUAGGGUACCAGCAAAUGUCUCGCAGUCCUGUAUGAACCCUUACAACAGGGCUCAGCUUCAGGCCGUUUCCACUCAGAUGGACCCCAACCUGAGUCUAUGGCUACACAGGGUCCACACCAAGGAGGUGGGCGUACAGGUGAGUCUUCGAGUGGACAAGUCAGUGCAGUGCUCACAGGGGUCACAGACCCUCCACAGCAGCUCCCUCUCGGACAGAACCAGCUCCAGGAAGCCCACCGAAGCUUGGGAAGUAGGGCGGAGAGCCUUGAUCCGGCGACCCCAGGAUGGGGAAGACGAGGAAAGCCAGGAGCUCACAGGACCUACAGAGGCCAAUCAGCUGCUGCUACCUACAUGGAGCCGGGAUCGUGAGGAGCAGUUCCCACGGCUGAAGGAAUUGGGGGAGGAAUAUGCCCACAGCCCUCAGGACAGGAAGGGAAAGCAGUUUUUGGAACUAAAAUAUGGCUAUUUUCACUGUAAAGAUUGUAAGAGGAGAUGGGAGAGUGCCUAUGUGUGGUGUAUCUCAGGUACCAACAAGGUUUAUUUCAAACAGCUCUGUAACAAGUGCCAAAAGAGUUUUAACCCUUACCGAGUAGAAGAAAUCCAGUGUCAGACCUGCUUAAGAGUCUGUUGUUCCUGUUCUCCAAAGAAAAGACACAUUGAUGUCCGGAGGCCACACCGCCAGGAGCUCUGUGGCCACUGCAAAGACAAGAAAUUCCCCUGUAGUGUCUUCUUCAGCUUAAAAUAAACCUUGUGACAGUG